GGAAGUCAGUGACUGUCAUGUGAUGUAAACAUGGCGGAUUGACAGGAUGACGACCUAUGCGACCAUAGUGGCGGCCAUCGCUGAUCGUUCUACAGGGUGACCCCCUGACCCCUAAAGGGCAACCAUGAACGCCAUCGUAGCGCUGUGCCACUUCUGCGAACUUCAUGGACCCCGCACCCUGUUCUGCACUGAAGCGCUGCACUCGCCCCUCCCCCAGGGGGCGACCUACGGAGAUAGCCUGGGACAGGGGGAGCAGGUGGAGGAGGAAGAGGGAGGAAUCCAGAUGAGUAGUAGGAUCCGAUGUCAUAGCCCUGCGGAUGGCGCCAGUGCGGAGUCCAACAGCCCCAGGCUCAAGAAAUCAGAUAUGUGCGAGGGCUGCCGGUCUUUGGACGCUGGCCACCCUGGCUACAUCAGCCAUGAUAAGGAGACUUCCAUUAAAUAUGUCAGCCACCAGCACCCCUACCACCCUCAGCUCUUCAGCAUUGUUCGUCAGGCCUGUGUGCGCAGCUUAAGCUGUGAGGUCUGCCCUGGCAGGGAAGGGCCCAUCUUUUUUGGGGAUGAGCAGCACGGCUUUGUCUUCAGCCAUACGUUCUUCAUCAAGGACAGUCUCGCCCGGGGGUUCCAGCGCUGGUACAGUAUCAUUGUCAUCAUGAUGGACCGGAUCUACCUCAUCAACUCCUGGCCCUUCUUACUGUCCAAGAUCAGAGGGGUCAUAGAUGAGCUUCAAGGGAAGGCAUUCAAAGUGUUUGAAGCAGAACAGUUUGGGUGUCCACAGCGCCCCCUUCGGAUUAACACAGCGUUCACACCAUUUUUGCACCAGAGAAAUGGCAAUGCAGCCCGAUCCCUGACGUCACUCACCAACGAUGAUAAUUUAUGGGCCUGUCUGCACACAUCUUUUGCUUGGUUACUGAAGGCUUGUGGUUGCCGUCUGACCGAGAAGCUGCUGGAGGGAGCCCCAACAGAGGAUACUUUGGUGCAGAUGGAGAAGCAGGCAGACCUGGAGGAAGAGAGUGCAGCCCAGGAGUGUCAUGAAGAAGAGGAGGGUCAGCCCCGACCCCAGUCUGAAGUCUUGGAGGGAAGAGAACUGUCCAAAUGUCAUACAGAAUCCUCAGCCCUUUCAGAUUGCAGCUGGAACAUUAGGAGGACGGCUGUUUUCCGGUCUCUGCGGCACAUGAGACAGGUUCUCGGUGCAUCUGCCUUCCGCAUGCUGGCCUGGCACAUUCUUAUGGGAAACCAAGUCAUUUGGAAGGGACAGGACCAAGACCUCAUUCAGUCUGCAUUUGAUGUCCUGCAGGCCAUGCUUCCUGUGGGCUGCAUUCGGGUCAUCCCUUACAGUGAAAAAUAUGAAGAUGCCUACAGGUGCAAUUUUUUGGGACUGAGCCCCCAGGCUGAGAUCCCUCCACAUGUGCAGUCCUCUGAAUUUGCCGUCAUGAUUGAUGUCCGCACGGCUCCGCGUUCCAACCUGUACCCGGUCCUAUUCGUGGACGACGAGCCGCUCAGCAAGUAUGAAUUUGUGGUGACCAGUGGGAGUCCAGUGGCCACAGACAGGGUGGGAUUGACCAUCCUGAACAAAAUUGAAGCUGCUCUGAGCAACGAGAACCUUUCUAUGGAUGUGGUGGAGCAGUGCCUGGUGUGUCUGAAGGAGGAGUGGAUGAAUAAAGUGAAAGUGCUUUUCAAGUUCACCAAAGUGGACAGCCGCCCCAAAGAGGACACGCAGAAGCUGCUAGGAAUUUUGGGAGCCUCGGAGGAGGACAAUGUAAAACUGCUCAAAUUCUGGAUGACCGGCCUCAGCAAGACCUACAAGUCCCACUUGAUGUCCAGCGUGCGCAGCCCAACCUCAUCUGAGUGCCGCAACUAACACGGAACACCGGAGCCUUUAUACGAAAAGAAUUGCGCGGCGUACAGCAGUAUUUGAGGAUGGACCUGUGUAAUGUACAGCGCCGAGGACCCCGCCAGCAGAGGGCAUUGUCGCUCACUUGUCAGGAUCUUUGCAGCUGCAGACAUGAUAUCAAGACCUGGAAUAGAUGGAACCAGCUAAAGCAGCGUUUCCCAAUCAGGGUGGAUCGGGCUGUUGCAAAACUACAACUCCCAACAUGCCCGGACAGCCAACGGCUGUCCGGGCAUGCUGCGAGUUGUAGUUUUGCAACAGCUAGAGGCACCCUGGUUGGGAAACACUGAUCUAAAGGAUGUACCAAUGUCACAUCUACAUCCUGCUGUAUCCUAUGCGAACAACCGCUAGGACCUGCUUGCCUGUAUGGACGCUUACACAUAAGCUUCUACUACAGUCUAUCAUAUAAUGAACUGGAAAGACUUUGAGGGCACCAUAAAGAGGAUAGCCUGCACAGCGCCACACCUGUCAAAAGAUCGCUUGUGGUAUUGCAGCUCAGCUCCAUUCACUUCACUGGAGCUAUAACUGCAGUGCCAAGAACAACCUGUGGGUACAUCUGGUGGCGCUGUUUCUGGUAGAGAGUAGCCAUGUUUACGUUUUUAAAGGGAACUGCUGUAGUAUGCAUGGGGUAACAGAGAGCAAUGCAUUGUGGUAGUAUGCACCUGGACGUAUUGGGUUUCUUGCACCCCGUGCAGAGCCGUAACAGUGCAUCGCUGUACUACAACUUUUCGUAGUAUCUCCUAUGAUAUUUCGUGGAGAUUCUGUGCGGGAAAAAAAACAACUAUUUCCUUUCUGAUUUCUUCAAAAAAACAGCGCCACCCCUGUUCUCAGGUUGGGUGUGGUAGUGCAGCUCAGCUCCAUUGAAGUGAAAGGAGCCAAGUUGUAAUGCCGCCCACAGCCUAUGGACAGGGGUGGUGCUGUUUUUGAAAUGAGCUCUCCUGGAUAAUCCUUAAACUGACAGCAGAAGGGGCUUAAAUGCCAUCUGUUUCCAAUGGCAACCAGUGGAAAAGUCAACACAUACAGAAACUCUAAAACAAAGAAUUUAUUAAAAAGUUAACCAUGAAUCUUUUAUAGCCGGAGGGGGGUUAACACUUUUUACAGUUUCCGCAGAAUAAAUUUUCUUCCCAUAGCCCUGGGUAUGUGUGAAUUUCCUGAUUACAAAGGUGGGUGCGAACGAUGAGUUCACAUAUUUUUUCGAGCGUAAUUCUGCUUCGGAAAAUCUGGUGCGGCGGCCUCCUAUUGUUUUCAAUGGGAUUCUGCUGCACAAUUUGCACUACGGAAUAUCCUUGCCGGACAUUCCUCCAUGAAAAUUCCAGACACCACGGAAAUGCAUUGCCGGAGACGACACAUUUCUGAGUGGUCCUAGCACUGGCUUGUCUCGCUGCCCACAAAAUCUCCGCUCUCUGGGCGGAGAUUCUGUGGUGUGUCUGGGCCCUUACAGCGAAGUACAGAAGAUGUCGUCUAUGCUACGUUGAGACCUUCUCUUACAUCAGCCCUGUUCUCUGAAUAUGACUGUAUAGCUCGAAGUCUUAGGGCCCAUUUACACUACAUAAUUUUCACACACUGGCAAAUUUCGCAGUGUGAAGCCAACAUUGGUGUCAAUGGGAUUUCUGCUGACCUGUUCAUGGCGCAACAUUUUUUGGUGGAAAUUAGGCAAUCUGGAUUUUGCAGAAAGAUUAAGCCUGUUCAAUCUUAUUGCAGAAUUCUGUGGCUGAAUCCCAUUUGUUCAGUGGGACUUUUUUUUUUUCCUUUCUCCCUAACGCCUAUUUCUGAUGUCAAAUUCAAUGUUAAAUAAGCGCUGAUUCCAUAAAUGUGCCGGCGUGAUUCUAUGCAGAAAUUUCCUUUAUGUAAAUGGGCCCUUAGGGCUGGUUUACAUUGCAGUUUUGUUUAAUGUAUAUAUAUAUAUAUAUAUACGUUUUUACACUUAUAUACUGCAUUUACAGAUGCCAAAAGUGAGGGUUGUAAUGAUGAUGGGGAAGAUUGAUCAAGACUUGUGAAGAGGAAAUAUUGAUCAGUUGCCCAUAGGAACCUAUCAGAUCGCUCCUUUCAUUUUUGAAAAAGCCUCUGUGGAAAAAAGGAAGGAAUCUGAUUGGUGUGGGCAACUUGUCAACUUUCCCUCAGUACAGGUCUUGAAUCUCUCCCGAUGUGUGUAAAGCCAUUACCAUUGCUCUACAAACAAAUAAGGUCUGGCACAAGGAUGGCAGUAAAAAGCUGCGUUUCAGACCCCUUCCAAGAUCCUUAGUCAUGGCAUAACUAAGGACCCUGCGAGGUCUGAAACGUGUUGGUGUUACUUGCUCCAUGUGAAGUUUUUUCCAAUAACGAUCUCCAAGUAUUUACUGCCAUCUUGGUGCUGGACCUUCUUUGUUUGUGGAGAUUGGAUAUGCUUCUGAUCAGGCCCGAGCACAGGCGUGGCGGGUGGAGGUGGAAGUGGUGUGUUUUUGUUACUGUAUUACCAUUUCUUUGGUCAUAUGGGUUGACACUUCAUCUUGGAAGCCUGGUACACCAAGACGGUGCCGGAUCGGGGGCAGUGUUGAUGUGCACCUCGAUGUGUUUGUCCAAUUGAUGCAUAAUGUGAUAUAUGAAUCCACAUGAUAUGAAAUAAUGUGAAUUUGUUUUGCACAUUUUGAUCAGUUACUGUGAAAAUGUCCUCAUUCAUUCGGACUGGUACUUAGGUAUGCAUACUAAGGCGGGGUUCACACUAGCGUUACAGGCUCCGUUGCUAGUUCUGUUAGAGUUGACAGGAAUAGCGUAGAAUGCAACACUAUACUUCCAAGACACCAUGGUGGAAGCUGAAAGACCCUAAUAUAAGUCAGAGCGAUCUAUCAGGUCCUACACAGGCGCAUGGUUUCCAUUAUGAUUAAAAUUGGUUCUCCGCUGUUUAUAAUGUACUUUUGUGAGAAAUUUAUAAUAAAAUUGCAACUUUUUGACAAUCACAACAUCUAAAAUGGGGAAAGAGAAGCGAGUUGGGUGCCCACAGCGCCAAUGCUUAGUGACAACUGCAGUAACGAAAAUGGCGCUCAUUUGUACCAAGUCUACUGAUGGCGCGAUCUGAACCCUAAAGCACAAAAGUUCCAUAUUAUGUGCUCAAUUGGCAUCCGUAUUCUGGAUAACAGCCCUGAUUACACGACCUGACAAAUAUGACUGGAUUAUGGAUGCAAAAAUGUGCAUUUUCAUACUUGUGCACAAUAGGCCUAGAUAUGGCAGAAAUGGCACCAUCUCUUUGUAUAUGUGGGCCAUUGCGGUUUACAGUAUGACCCUAUCCAUGUCUCAUUA